GUGCAGACCGGCGAGCUCACCCAUUCGUCCCCAAGUGUUGCGGAGCCACAGACUCCUCCCAGGAAACCAGUAUCUUCUGGAGAAAUAGGACACCAUGUGGACCCUAAGAUGAAAAAGGAAGAAAUCCGAGAAAACCGACAGCCAGAUGGCAAGGUGCAGACCGGCGAGCUCACCCACUCGUCCCCAAGUGUUGCAGAGCCACAGACUCCUCCCAGAAAACCAGUAUCUUCUGGAGAAACAGGACACCAUGUGGACCCUAAGAUGAAAAAGGAAGAAAUCCGAGAAAACCGACAGCCAGAUGGCAAGGAGGAACAGAAACUUAGCGACGACUGUCAGAUCAUCACCUUUCCCAACGGCACUGAGGAGACACGUGCUGAUAAGAAGACGACCGUCAUCAGGUUCUUUAAUGGCGAUGUGAAGAAGAUCAAGCCAGAUCAGAGAGUGGUUCAUUACUCUGCGACUGCUCGGACAACACACACGACCUAUCCCAGUGGUCUGGUGGUCGUGCAGUUUCCCAACAAGCAGACAGAAAAGUUCCACCCUGAUGGCUCCAAAGAAAUCGUGUUUCCAGAUGGAACCGUGAAGCGUCUGCAGGGGGGACGUGAGGAGACCUUAUUUCCCGAUGGGACGACCGUGAGAGUGAACAGGAAUGGCGACAAAACCAUCCUGCUCAGCAAUGGGCAGAAGGAAAUCCAUACGGCCCAAUUCAAGAGGAGGGAGUACCCCGAUGGCACCGUCAAGACCGUGUACUGCAGCGGCUGUCAGGAAACCAAGUACGCCUCUGGGCGGGUGCGGAUCAGAGACGGGAUGGGAAAUGUCAUCCUGGACAAGAAGUAG